UCUGAAGUGGACUGGAGUUACCCGAGCCCGCGGCAUCAUGUCGGAGCUAAAUGUGCACGGCGUCACUGUGAGGUUUCCCUUCACUCCGUACGACUGUCAGCGGGACUACAUGAGCCGAGUCAUCGAGUGUCUGCAGCAAAAAAAGAAUGGCAUUCUGGAGAGCCCCACUGGCACAGGCAAAACCCUGUGUCUGCUCUGUGCCACCCUGGCCUGGAGGGAGCACUUUAAGGACACCAUCUCUGCCCGGAAGAUCGCAGACCAGCUGAAGGGGGCCGAAAUGUUCCCCAACACUCCACUGGCAUCCUGGGGCAACGCAGCCACUGAUGGAGACUCCACCACUUACUAUACAGAUAUUCCCAAGAUCAUCUAUGCAUCACGAACCCACUCACAGCUGGCACAAGUCAUCAGUGAGUUAAAGAACACCACAUAUAGGCCCAAAGUGUGUGUGCUGGGAUCCAGAGAGCAGCUGUGUGUCAACCCCGAAGUGAUGCGUCAAGAGAGCAACCAUGUCAAGGUUCACAUGUGCCGAGCAAAAGUUUCUACCAGGUCCUGUGUCUACUACAAUAAUGUUGAAGAAAAAAGCACUGACUGCAACCUGACGAACUCCAUUUUGGACGUGGAAGACCUGGUGAAAUAUGGCUCUAAGCAGAGAGUUUGCCCCUAUUACCUGUCCCGCACCCUCAAGCAGCAGGCCGACAUCAUCUUCAUGCCCUACAACUACCUGCUGGACCCCAAGAGUCGCAGGGCACACAAUAUUGAGCUUAGUAAAGCUGUAGUCAUCUUUGAUGAAGCACAUAAUGUGGAGAGGACAUGUGAGGAGUCCACAUCCUUUGACCUGACCCCGUACGACAUGGCCUCUGCUAUCACUGCGGUGGACCGGCUGCUGGUGGAGCAAACCAAAGAGGUGAGCCGCGGGGAUGGCCCCUCAGAGAGCUUCAGCGCAGACUUGCUCAGCACAGGUCUAAAGAUGGAUAUCACCACCAUAGCCAAAAUCAAACAAAUCCUUCUCGACCUGGAGGCUGCCAUAGACUCAUAUGAAAUCCCCAGUGGGAAGGGCGUCACUAAACCUGGCAUCUUCAUCUAUGAGCUGCUGGAGAGGGCUCACUUAAACUAUAAUACAAAGACCCCUGUGUAUGAAGCGCUGGAGCAGAUGACAAGCUACCUGACUGGACAGCAGGGACUCUUCCUGAACACCACCGGGCUGCAGAAGUUGGCUGACAUCAUUCAGCUUGUGUUUUGUGGUGAACCAGCUGAGAAAGACCAGCAGCUGCUGAUGCAAGCCAAUACUGCACAUUUUAAGGUUCAUAUUCAUCAAGACAUUUCCCAAAAGAGAAAGCAGCCUACAGAUCUCUGGACCUCCUCUACAUCAAAGAAACAAGGUAACAUAUUGAGCUACUGGUGCUUCUCUCCGGGCUUCAGCAUGCAGGAGCUGGUCAAUCAGGGCGUCCGCUGCAUCAUUUUGACCAGUGGGACUCUUUCACCUCUGUCCUCCUUCACCUCCGAAAUGAGAAUAGACUUCCCCAUUCACCUGGAGAACGGUCAUGUGAUUGAGAGAGACCAGAUCUUUGUGAGUGUAAUCGAGAGAGGCCCUGAUGGAGUGCAGCUGACCUCUGCGUUUGACAGGAGAUUUCUGCCUGAAAACAUGGCGUCGUUGGGUAGCACUGUAGCUAAUUUGAGUCGAGUCGUUCCCCAUGGUCUCCUUGUGUUUUUUCCUUCUUACCCACUAAUGGAAAAAACUCUUGAAUUUUGGAGAGAGAAGGGCCAGGCCGACCGUAUUGAGCACGUGAAGCCCAUGUUUGUGGAGCCCAAGGGCAAAGGCACCUUCACAGAGGUUAUUGAAGGCUACUACAACAAAGUGGACAAUCCAGUGUCAAAGGGAGGGAGCUUUUUUGCCGUGUGUCGGGGAAAGGCCAGUGAAGGUCUGGACUUCGCAGACUCGUACGGCCGAGGGGUGAUCAUCACUGGUCUGCCCUUUCCUCCAAAGAUGGACCCUCGCAUCAUUCUCAAGAUGCAGUUUCUGGACGAGAUGUGCCGCAAGAAAACUCCUGGUGUCAAGUAUCUGACGGGACAGGAGUGGUACCGACAGCAGGCGUUCCGGGCAGUGAACCAGGCUGUGGGAAGAGUCAUCCGCCACAAGGAGGACUACGGAGCCAUUUUUCUCUGUGAUGAGAGGUUUAAAGGUGCUAAUGCCAUCGCCCAGCUGCCUAAGUGGGUACGGCCAUACGUACGCCCGUAUAUAGCUUUUGGAAGUGUGGUUCGGGAUGUGUCGCAGUUUUUCCGUGUGGCACAGAAAAUAAGACCUUCUGUACAAAGGAAGCUCACAGUCCUGCCUGAGGCCACAGCAUAUGUAGCAAACACUUGCUCCAGCACAGUUCAGGGAGCACAGGGUCCACACAGAGCACAAGGCACACAGGACACACUGGGCUGGCAGCCACAGAAAGCCAAAGCUUUGGAUGCUCACAUACCCAGUCUGAAGAGGAAGAGGCUGGAUGACCCCAGUGGGUCGAAUGGGUUGGCCAAAAUCUGCAUCAAUUAUGAGUCCGGAGCACCAGAGAUCCACAGGAGGCCCACCUCUCUGCUGGAUGCCCUGGAACAAGACCAACUCGGAGGGCAAGGUGAUGAGUCCUGGGUGGGCGAGGAGAAGGCAAGCAGACUGUCCACUCUGUCACUGCAGUACGACAAGAGGAUCGACGAAGAACUCAGAGGAGGAAAGCGCAAAAUCAAACUAGUCCACGAACAGAAAAGAAGCACCUCUGACACUUGUGAGAAAGGCAAAGCCAGCAGAGCCAAGGGUUUUCUGGCUGAAAUGAAGAAGACUCUGAGCCAGGUGCACUUUGAGCGAAUCAUCCAGGCUCUGCAGACCUACAAGAAGACGGAUGACCUGGACACACUGCUGGUGGAAACGUCUGUGUUGGCUGAGGAUGCCAACACUCACACUCUUCUGUGUGGUCUUUACCAGUUUGUCCGUCCUCAUCACAAGCAGAGGUUUGAUGACCAAUGCAGGCAGUGCACAGGACAAAGCUGUGGCUUCAAACCAGACCACUCUCUGUCAAAAGAGGACAAGAAAGCACUUAUUCAACAAGAAAAUGGCUUGUGUCCUGUUCCCUUGUCCACCUGCAGCCUGCUGAACACACAGCACCUGAACCAGGGAGGAGCACACCUCAGCCCAGCAAUGACUGCGCAGUCGUCCUCAUGCAGCCAUAUUAGCACCCAGCAGCAGCUCAGCACCCAGCUGCUGAACCAGGGACAGGAGCACCUCAAAUGUGGAAGUCUGAUUCCCUCACAAACUGCUCCUGCUCCGAAGACUGAAAUCCACGCCACAUUCUUGGCAGAUUUGAAGAAGGCUUUGGGAGCUGAGAAAUCUGCUCAGUUCUUCCAAGCCAUCCGCAGCUACAAGCAAACUGACAACUACGAGCAACUGGUGAGCGUGGUGGUGAGCCUGCUGACCGAGAGGGACGAGGACUUCCACCUCCUUGCCAGAUUUAGAAUGUUCCUCCGGUCUCACCAUGUUGCACAGUAUAAAGACAUGCUGGACUCACUGAUAGGUCAGACCAAAGUUCCCAGUGAACUCUGUGUAUUAAAAGAACAACCUGCAGACAGUGCACCACCUUCAGUGAAGACUCAAAGCAAGAUCUCUACUUUCUUCUCACGUAGUCAAAGAAAGUGAUGUGCGUUUGAACAUGCAAUGGUCGGACUUCUAAACAGAGAUUUUAAUUAUGCCUCUUCCUCCACGUCAGACUGACAGGGACCAGUGAAACUUGUGCACAUUCUAAGCACCACAAUGGAAGUGAAUGGAAGAAUUGGAUUAUGUAAUUUAUGGUUUGUUUUAUCAAUGUUUAAUUUAAAGCAUUUUUAUGAAAAUAAAUUGUUGAGUAUUU